AUGACUAAAGUCUGUGCAAGAUGGGUUCCGAGAAUGCUUUCUGCGGAUCAAAAACACGAGCGCGUCGAAAGUUGUCGCGAGUUUUUGGACCGCUAUGGAGAGCCAAGGGGGAAAGUUAUGGCCCGAAUUGUAACUGGCGAUGAAACUUGGGUUCACCAUUAUGAACCUGAGUCAAAGCAAGAGUCGAUCCAGUGGCAUAAAAAAGGCACACCCCAUCCUAAAAAGUAUAAGGUGUCUCAAUCGGCCGGAAAGAUCAAGGCGACAAUCUUUUGGGAUACAGAUGAUAUCCUUUUGAUUGAUUAUAAGGAACGUGGUGUUUCCAUAACGGGAGAAUACCACGCUUCUUUACUAGAUCAAUUAAAAGAAGCUAUUAAAGAAAAAAGGCGAGGAAAGCUUACAAAAAUCGUGCUCAUUUAG